GGGGCCCCAAAGCAACAAAGGCUCUGAAGGUUGGUGUUAGUGCCAGAAAAUAUGCAAUAAAGUGUAAUAUCUCCAAUAAUGACAUUCCUGUCAUAUGAUGCAUGAUUUAGGGUGUAUUAUCAAGUAUAUACUCAGGUAACAGUGUUACACUAUCUUUAUUUAGGGGUAGGGUUAGGGGUAGGGUUAGGGGUAGGGUUAGGGGGGGGGGUUAGUGUGUGUAACAUGGUGGGGUUAGUGUUUGUAACACUAUGUAACACAGUGGGGUUAGGGUUAGUGUGUGUAACACUAUGUAACACGGUGGGGUUAGUGUGUGUAACACUGUCAACACUCUGUAGCACUGUGUAACACUAUGUAACACUGUGUAACACUAUGUAAGAAUGUGUAACAUUGUUUAACACUGUGUAACACUUGUAACAGUGUUACAACUGAGUGCCAUAAUAAAGCCACCCUAAAUCGUGCAUGGUAUAUCUCCUGUUUCACAAUCAUGACAUCAUAGGGCCCCUGGCGCAAGCGGUGCAACCCCUUGUGCACAUUGAUCAAGGUCUGAAUAUACAUCUCACCACUUGCCAACAAGCCAUCUUUAUAAUAAAAUGCCGUCACCCUCUCGGUGUGCCCAUCCAGUUCUCGUUUGGCAAAACCGGCAGUCCUAUAACGCCGAAAUCGUUUUAUUCUGCGAAGACCAUUUCGUAGUUCCAAUUUCCAAUCAACUGUUUUUGUCAAUUUCUGAUCAACAACACCCAGUCUCUUACAAGUCUCGGUCCAUACUUCGGUAAAGUUCGACAAAAUCGUAUUCCAAGCCUUCGAAACUAAACAACAACGGCUAAAAGUUUUAUAGUCCAAAAACUUCACAACAUUGAACGCCAGCUCGGUGGGCAAAAAUUUGAUAAAGUCGCGUUUUACUAAACUGUGCAGUUCCUCCGAAAGAAAUCGGAGUUGCUCAGGUCCACAUAGCGUCAGGAUCGUUUGGAUAACAAGGUUUUUUUCGGGAUCGGUGUAGGAUUUAAAAUCUCUCGCAAAAUUUUCAAGAGAUGCUUCGAAUUUCGCCAUGAUUGUUGUUACACGUGGGGAGACUUUUGUAAAAGAACAUCGUUCAAACGGAGAUUUGAACUAUCGGAAAUUGCCGUUAUAAAACUGUAUUACCUGUAAUACUGUAUAUAAAAAUAUUAAAAGAUUUUUUGUUUAUAUUUAUAAUUUAUGGUGUUCUAUAUUAUAUUUACGUGUGUUUGUGGACAUUUAUGCCGUGUAAACAUUGAUUGAGGCAUGUUUACAGCCCUAAAUAAACUUCUGGAUAUCGAUAAUAAAAUUUAUAUACCAAAGGUAAGGCGGUUUAUAAGCUAGAUCAAGAGAUCAGACAAUGCCAGGCUGGCUUAUUUAGCAUAGUAUAUCACAGAGUAAAUACGAAACAGAUCCGACUCAGCCGUAACUGCCGCCACGCCAUGAUUUGCAACGAUUCGUCAUCAAAAUGCACUUGCUGUCUUCCUAGCUAGUGCGCUAGCAUGGCAUUCACCCCCCUGAAUGGCGGCCGUUUUGAAUAUCCUCAGUAGUCAGGGGGGUGAAUGCCUCUUGUAAGCGCAUUGGCUAGGGACAUAGCAACCCAUUAAGUUUCAUGACCCUAAUGCACGCUACUUGAUUAUUUUACUCUGUCUUACGCCAGAUGAUUUUAUAACUCAUCAAGGGAUAAAGCUCUGGCGCCAAAUGAGUAGAAACAUAAUACUGCAACUGACCCUAAGUGUUUACUGACUGAAAAUGUUUUUUAGGGAAAAUUUUUUCUCAUCUCGGAAUCAAACAAUGACGGCAGUUUUGUUACACAUCAUUUUCUAAGUUUGUAUCUUAAAGGUAAUGAUGAUCGAUAACUGAUUGUCAGAGGAAAUAUUAUACAUAGGAAUAUAUAGGCCCUUUGGGUUAAGUUUAGUGUACUAUUACAAAAUUUCAUAUAUAUUAAUAAUUAUAUUCAUUGGUUUAGGAGGACACAAUGUCUGUUUUAUUGCACUGGUGCAGUCAUUCACACAUUACAGCAGUGUCGCUCAAAAACUAGUAAGCAUCUUUGACUAGCAUUUGACUAGCUGCCAUGUUCCUAGCCAAUAUGCUAUAAGGCUAUCACCCCCUGAGAACAUUUAUAAUAUUUUAGACUUUGGGGGUGAUUUCCUCUCGUUUGCGCACUGGCUAGGAACACAGUGACUGCAUAUAACCACUACAUGAAUGGCCGGGAGUCUCUGGGCCUGACGAUGACCUGUCACAAAAGCCUGUUCAUUUCAUAUUGCUAGGGCGUUAACCUCACUGCCUCGACACAAAAUGGCAAGUUAAUCUUUGUAGAAGGGCUAAAAUAUGCUGUUCAGAAUAUGGAAAUCGAAUCAUCAAAUGAAAUGCCACCUGGCAUGCAAAAUAAUCCAUAUAGAGGCUUGACAAGCCGGUGAGUACAGUUAAAUGCAGUGGUAAUUGUUAGGAAGAAUGUAGAAUGGGAUUUGCUUCACACAAUUUUUAGACUUAAGUCGGAGUAGCUGUGAAAAAUAUUGCAAC